GUAGCGGAGAAUUCAUUGACCGUUUUGGACGGAUCGUGGCAUUUCUCGAAAAUGGUAGUGCAUUGCGCAUUGCGCGCGUCAUUUUGGUGACAAGUAUAUUGUGUGAAAUUUUAGCAGAUAAAUGGAUACAAUUGCAACUUGCAAUUUUGCGAGAAAUUCGAAAUCCAACCUGUUGGGCAGCACCGGAAUCCCCGUCGCCCCCAUCAGCCUAGGCGGUGCUGCCUUCUCGGACAUCUACGGGGAGUUCGACGAGACGCGCAGUGUCUGCUUCAUCCGCGAUUGCCUCUUUAGGGGUAUAAAUUAUAUCGACACAAGUCCUUGGUACGGUCAAGGGACAUCUGAAACUAUAAUCGGCAAGGCACUCGAUGGAAUGCAUCGGCCAGUGUUCGUUAUCGGUAGUAAAGUUGGCCGAUAUGAAAAAGAUGUCCGACGAAUGUUCGACUUUAGCAGGGAAAGGACCCUCGCUUCCGUGGAUCAGAGCCUUGAUCGUCUCAAGUUAUCAUACUUGGACAUUAUCCAGAUCCACGACGUGUCCUUUGCGGACAUCGAUAUGAUACUGAAUGAGACACUCCCGGCGCUGCAAGCCGUUGUCGACGCUGGAAAAGCCCGCUACAUCGGAAUAGCCGACUACGACUUGGAUUUAAUGAAAGCGAUUGUGGAAGAGUCUAGAGUGCCAAUUGCUACCGUGCUGUCGUAUGCUAAGUCUACACUGAUUGAUAACAGACUACAAGAUUACGUUAGCUACUUCAAGAGCCGUGGUGUGGGUAUUAUCAACGCAGCGCCCACUGGUAUGGGACUGUUGACGAACGCCGGUCCGCGUGACUGGCAUCCGGCUAGUCAGGAAGUCAAAACUCUUUGCCAGGAGGCAGCCAUGAUUUGCCAGGCCAAGAAGGUGGAGUUGGCCAAUAUCGCGAACUGGUUCUCGUUGCGUCAACCAAACAUCGAUACAACGGUUUGUGGAUUGGCAAAUCUCGACCAUCAGGUCGGCGCUUUCCGGGUCUACCGCAGAGGACUCACGCACGCGGAAGAAAUGGUCAUGAAGGAUCUCCAGAAGCGGUACUUCGACCGCGGCAUCAUGAACUGGGACGGAGUGGAGGUGAACGCCUACAGAGCCGCCAUGGCUCAGUUUGCUGAGGAACCCCAGAACCCCGAAUGAAGCAUCUUCAUAGCUACUCAUUCUCGUAGCUACUCAUGGCUAUCAUUUAUCGCAUAAAUGUAAUCAUGUCGUGCAUGUUAAUUUAGUUUUCUAGAUUAUUUUAAACAUAUUCUUAAAGUACUUAUUAUUAAUUAAAUGUGUUAUUAAAGCAAAAAAGAAAAUGAAUUUUAAUAGGUAUAUUCUGUUUUUUGUUCAAAGGUAAAGAAGCUUUAUAAAUCCAUAUGAAUUAUGUACAAGAAAUAUAAUUUUAUUUUCGUUAUAAAAAUAUAUAAAACAGUACAAAAAUAGUUUAAAUACAUAUUUUGCAAUCGGAUUUUUUUAUACCGAAUGAAAUAUAUUAUAGCUAUACAAAAAAUAUUUACUAAAAAUAGUUAUUUAUGUUAUAAAAAUGUAAAAUAAUAAUAAAAAAAUUGAAAAACAUAUAAUGAAAUAUCCGAAGUCAUACGGUGAAUGAUAUACAAAAACACUUUAAAAAUACAAUAAAAUGAUUUCUUUCUUAGUAUUUAAGAUGAGCUAUCUAAUAUCUGUAUUAUUAGUUUUUAUGAUUAUUAUCUAUCAUAACAUAACAUUCCAAAAAUCAUUUUUUGUUAAGAAUAUCAUGUAGUAUUGUAACGGUGAGGGAUAUCACAUCGUAAGCCAGGCGUCAAAGCCUUUGAUUGGCUGUCAUGUAGUUAUUCAUUAACAAUAAAGCUCGUCAAUGGAG